AUGGGAAAGCAACAAAAUAAUGGCAAAAAACCCUCGAAGAAAAAAGGCUACGAUGAUGUGCAGAUCAGUGACCUGGACGAAGACGACGACAAAAAAGACAAGCAAAACAAGGAGAAAAAGAAAGACGUGAAGGAUGGUGACAAGAAAAGGGCCGAAGCGGGAGCAACAGAGAAGAAAAAGGAGGAGCCGAAAUUUCCAAAGGAGGUACACUAUAACUACGACCAAGCCCACAUACCUCAGACAGCACUUGUGUUAAUGGUACACAGCCAUUCCACCUGA